UGCUCUCCGCCCGCUCCCCAUCGUAAUCAGACAGCUGUUACAAAAGCUGUUUACAUUGCGACUGCUCUGAAACUAACCCACGCUGAGUUCCGAGUUAGUUGGCAAACCAAAGUAUUCGCGAGAUGUUUAAUUUGCCGCUACUCUUAUGCUGUCCGUUGUUGUGGCUGGUGGGUGCAGCUGCAGUACUUUCUGUGGAAUCCCAGCUAAACGCCAAGGACUAUCAGCUGGAUUUUUUGCACACCUUGGCCGAGUUUGCCGAGCAGCGUGCCGAGCUGAGCCUCAACGAUUACCUGCAACAAUUGCAGCAGAAUGCCAUCUAUGCCAAUUAUUCUGAACAAUUGAACAAUGCACGCACCUCCCAGAAGCUGCAGCCGAAGGUUUUGCUGAUUAAGCAGCUGCUGGAUGCACAACAACACAUCAAAUUGGACAUGGAGCACACAUGUGUGCUGCGCAAUCUAUUGUUCAUAAGUCGCCUCAAGCAGCAGCUGCGCGCUGCCCGAGAUGCCAGCAACCAGGAGAUACGUCAGCUGCGAGUGCUUCGCCUCUGUCAGCAAUUCGAGCGACCUCGUCCGACUAGCGUACAUCGCCUGAUCAAUGAUCAAACUGUGGGCGCAGCACUGGAGCAUCUAAAUCUCACGCAGAGUGCCACUAAUGAGACCCGACUGGAUCUGAGUCAAUUUGGAAAGCAGCUUUACGAGCGUGUUAAACUCUCCGGUGCCGAGAUUAUCGAUAGCUAUGUGCACAUAUUGCGAGGAUUACUGCAGGACAUUCUCGAUGGCGAGCAUGCCGAUCUAUCGGAGAAGACUACACAGCUGGAGCGACUGCUGAAACAGCUGGACGAUAUGCUAGCCAUACCGGACUUCUUUGACAAGCGGCAGAGUAUUUAUGCAUUUCUGGAACGAUAUCUUAGUCCAAGACCCGAUCAAGUGAUCCAGGGUGACAUCGAGCAACAUUUUACCGAACAGCUAAUGGAGCAAUUGAAGACCAAAGGCUUGGAUCUGUUUGUUAUCUUUCUGUUUAGCAACUUUGAGUUUCUGGAGCAGGUGCACGAGCAUUGGUUGCAGCUGCUGCCGCAGACGCCCAGCUUGCUGUACGACGAGACUAGCCGGCAACUGUAUGACAUACAACAGCUCUACGAAAGCUUCAAACUGGACACCGAAAGCGCGGCCAAAUAUGAGGCAUACACUGCGGCAUUGCGACGCCUGCACGAGCGCACUGUCGAUGAGGGACAGGAGAAUCAUCAUAUCUUCGAGAUGCUCAACAAUGCGGCACAGAAUGUGGGCAGCGUUACAUUCAAUAUGAUUAAGGCCAAGUGCAAGGAACUUCUCUAGGGAUACUUUAAAAUACAGAGCGAUAAAUACAAAAUUAAUUGAGUUAAGCUUGA